AUGGCAACAAAAGCUAAAAGCAAGGGCAUAAUUAAUGAUACCACUCCUUUAAUGUGCACCAUUGAGGGCAUUGCCAAGAAAGAGCACGUGGUAAGUCCACUUCAAUGAUGACAUGAGACUUCCAAAGAUUGGACCGAUCGGUGCACGGAUCAGAGGCUUUUACCCAGCUUGUUUCAUUUUGUUACUCUUUCUUCUCAUCUAUAGGACUAUAUCAUGAAAGUGCAACGUGGAAUCAGUCCCGACGAUUCGUGGCAGGUAUAUUUUGUCCUAAACACCUGGUUGAUCUUGAUAUAAUUUACAUGUCGACCUACAUGUACAUGUAUUAUCAGAUUUCAUCCAUGUUUAACCUCCUGGACCUUGGAAUUUUGCCAAGUUUUGUAACUUCUUAAAUGCGAUAAGCGUGUUAUUUAUUAAGUACUUGUAUACCAAUGCUAUAUGAAUGGUAGAACGUUUAAUAUCCAAAACCCCACCCCCUAUGGAUGAGAUUUUCUGAAGGGGGAGGGGGGGGGAGCUUGAAAGUUAUUUCUUCAGGGGUGGCUAUGUUGGUCCCCUCACAGGUAGCCCAAGCUCACUAUGAGAGCCCUGAACAACAUUAUCCUACUUAGCUAAUUAAUUAUUCAUACAGCAAGAAAAUUAUAAGAGGUUGUAUGGAGAAGUAUUCUUUGCUCACUAAAUUAGCAAAAUGUACAUUGAAUAUCGCUUUGAAGCUUACCUUUAGCAUCUUCUUGUUUUUCUUUGUAUUCUGACUGCAUUUCAGACCUCCUAGGCACUGUUUAAGGCCUUUUUUGGAGCGACAGUUUUUCACCCAGGUGACAGUAGAGAGAAGAGAAGAGAAGGUUGGCAAACCUCUCUUGACCGGCUCCGCUCUCGGCGGCGAUAAAUUCCGUGACAUUUACGACAUGGAGACAAUUCUGCCAGAAACAGAUGUCCUGAUAAAUAACGCACAUUUUCCAUCAUUCACAUCGCCAAAAUUCCCAUUUCGAAGGUCCUAAAUCGCCAACGAAGUGGGCAAUACACGGCUGAGGUGAGGCGAGUCGAGAGCAGACCUGCAACGGACUCCAAUGUUUGAAAAAGGGAGGAAAAAUAGCUAACAACUAUUUACAGCCGUAGUAAUUCUUAUUGCAAAAUUUUUUUCUAAAUCAUACAUAAAAAAACCAUUGUCAAGCGCUUUUUAAAAAGAAGAGUAGAGAUCAAAACAUUAACAACGCGACAUGUUUUUGAUAUUACAUGUCACUAUCACACGCGAUGCUUGACUUCCGCGACCCCGGAGUGUAAUGUGUGAAGUGAAAAAUCAGUUACUGUGCCCAGUAGGCUAAAUGCUCCAAUUGUCCUUUGACGGUUGAACAAUUUGACCCUGCCAGCCCGCGUCGGUUUGAAUUGUCGACGUGACAGUUGGAGUCCGUUGCGGGUCUGCUCUCGACUCGCCUCACCUCAGCCAUGUAUUGCCCACUUCGUUGGCGAUUUAGGACCUUCGAAAUGGGAAUUUUGGCGAUGUGAAUGAUGGAAAAUGUGCAUUAUUUAUCAGGACAUCUGUUUCUGGCGGAAUUGUCUCCAUGUCGCAAAUGUCAUGGAAUUUAUCGCCGCCGAGAGCGGAGCCGGUCAAGAGAGGUUUGCCAACCUUCUCUUCUUUUCUCUCUACUGUCACCUGGGUGAAAAACUGUUGCUCCAAAAAAGGCCUUAAACAGUGCCUAGGAGGUCUGAAAUGCAGUCAGAAUACAAAGAAAAACAAGAAGAUGCUAAAGGUAAGCUUCAAAGCGAUAUUCAAUGUACAUUUUGCUAAUUUAGUGAGCAAAGAAUACUUCUCCAUACAACCUCUUAUAAUUUUCUUGCUGUAUGAAUAAUUAAUUAGCUAAGUAGGAUAAUGUUGUUCAGGGCUCUCAUAGUGAGCUUGGGCUACCUGUGGUCCCCUUUCAUCUAUGGAAUAGUUAUUGCUGAGGAGUAUGAGAAAAAAUCCCUUUUUUUCUCAGUGGAAUAUGAAUAUUAUGGCAAUAUAAUAAUUAUAUAAUAUAGAUCAUCUCAUGCAUUCAGCAAAGGCAUAUUGUAAUCUUAUAUACAUGUACAUUUGUUGUUAUUCAUUCAUAAUUCCCUUGCUAAACCAGCUGGCACUGGACUGUCAAAUUUGGAAGUUGCUUAUUAUACCUAUACCAUGAUUGAUGAUGCCAGUCACUUAGAUGUUAACGAUGGUAUAAUAAAUACCAAGUGUCAUGCAAAACAACAGCUGAGUAGGCUAGUGUAGCUGGUUUUGCAUGAGUGCAAGAACUCAUGAAAGUUUUUGGACAAAAUUGAUAGCAUGAAUAUGCAAAAAUAUUACGCAGUGAAUGUCAACUGCUUUUUUAGGAAUAUAUUAUCUGCAAGAAAAAUUGAUCUGUUCAUUUUGUGAAACUUUGUUUAAAUUUUCUAGUGGUUAACCGUGGCAGGAUUAGCUCAGUUUGUAGAGUGCACGAUUGCAGGGUUGCAGGUCGUGGGUUCAAUUCCGGGACCAGACCAAUACUCAGGGUCUUAAAAUUACUGAUAAAUGUACAUGUACUGUAUUUUCCCUGCAAACGGCUAGACCUUCACCUGGUUCAGAUGACCAUUAAAAUGUUGUUCUCGUCUCCAUGAGGAGACACAAAUUUUACAGUGUCCUCAAUAAGUACUUUUGUUCUAAAUACAUUAAAACUCAUUUGUGUGGGGAUUUAUUAUUAUUAUUAUUAUUAUUAUUAUUUUUAUCUUUUAAGGUUUUACAUCGCUACAGUGAAUUUGUCACUUUGCAUUCAACCCUGGAGGUAUGGAUUAUAUUUUCAAAUUUCAUACCUGUAGUAAUUUUGCAGUCCAUCUGAAUUUUGCAGCGUUUUUUGUUAGGUGAAGUUUCACUGUAAGUUAAUACAUAAUUUAAGGCUUGAAAAAUACCCCAUCUGGUAGCCCAGGACAAGCAGAUUUUCUUGCUGGGCAAGUAACUUAUAAAGCUCACUAAUUUGCUCCAUGCAGGGUACUGAAUAUGCAUAAUGGAUUAUUAAAUAGAAGAGAAUGGAUUAAGCGUGAAUGAGCUUGGGCAUGCUUUUUUCUACAGUGUACCAUUAGUUUUUUUUUUCCUAUUUGCAGUACUGAGUGUUAUUGUUACUAUGACUGAUUGUUUAUUUAUUUAUUUAUUUCAUUCCUUUUCCCCCCUUUUUUUAGGUUUCUGGACUAGAACUUCCUCUUCCACCAAAAAAAGUCUUUGGCAAUAUGGACACCACCUUUAUUGCUGAAAGACAAAAUGGUCUCCAGAAUUAUGUUAACUUCAUUUUGGCCCAUCCUGUCUUAGCACGGCAUAUUUCUGUAAAGAAAUUCCUUGAUCCUGUCAACUAUUCUUGCGAUUUUCAAGGUACCUGUACUCAAUCAUUAUGUGAUAAGUGAAAUCCACUUUCAUGUUUAUCUAGCAUUCAACCCUGCAUAGUCAAAACAUUGUGGGACACAUGAUAAAAUUAGGCGUGAGGACGAACUUUGCUAAAUUAGCUCAUAUUGUACCUCUCAUAAUCUUAGCAAUUAGUAAUUCAAAUUCAAUUUCUCCCUUAAUUUUACCCAUGGGAUAUCUGUAAACUGUAGCUAUACAGUGUUCUCCCUAAGUAAUUAAAGCUAGGUGGAUUGCCUGGCUUAAUUCACUGAAAAAUUGUUGCCGGCUUGCUUAAAAACCAAAGAUUUAACUGAACGGAAGCUUAUGUUGACAUUUAGAGCUAGAAAUAAAUCACCCAAAGGAGGGAAUAAACCAUUGUCUGGUGUCUUUCUUUGUGUAUUUCCUCACAAGAUAUUGGUUAUAAAAGUGGUUUAUCGUUGGGUGAAUAUGUUCAAACCUGUGAGGUAUUCAUUUUGUUGAAUGGCCCUUUAGGAGCUUUAAACAUGGAGUACUAAAGGAAAUUCCUUCCCUUGCAGUCAACCCAAGAUGCACGGAACAAAGAUGAAUAGCUUGUCAAAAGCAAAUCUAGUUCUUUUUUUACAAAUUAAACUAAGUUCCCAAGUUGACAAGUUUUUAUUCAGGCUACAGCAGGCUUUGUACAAACACGGUUAAAAAUCACAGUGUCAGAAUACCCCCUGGUCUUCCCAAGAUCCUAAGGAGAACACUACCAUAAUGGCUCGUAAAGCAUAUAAAUUUUACAUGUACCAUGUAAAAUACUGUGUCUAUGUCUAUGUCUGAUACGUGAAGAAAGAAGGUUACCAUUGUUGGCACAUGCCCUAAAGCCCUUGAAAGUUAAGUGAAUUAUUAUUAUUAUUAUUAAAAUGAUUCUGACUAUCUUUCUGCCACAGAGAAAGGAACACAAAAUGUGGCAAUGUUUUUAAGAUCAGUUCCAAACUGGGAAAUAGUGGAACAUUUACCAGAUAUUGGUGAGUUAAAAUGACAUAGAUAAUCAAACCCAGUAAGCACAGGGGCACAAAGCAUGAAAAGAAAACGAAAGAAAUGAAUUAUAACAAAUUAAUGUUUAAUGAAAAUUAUAUGCUCUUUUUACAGUAUGCUAUCAUACAAACAUGGAUUUGACUGCUGUCUAGUUUUAUCUGUUGACAGGAAUUCAUUUUCUUUUUGUUUUGGGGUUAAUGAAGAUUGAUCAUAUCAAGUAAUGUGUCCGAAACAAAGGAAAAUCACAGAAUUUGAAACCACAAUAAUACAUUAUACAUGUAGUUAAAAGACUUUUCCUUUAAUAUUUAAAAAAAAGAAUCAAUUUACAUUUCUAAAUGACAUUUAUUAGAUAAGAGUUUGUUUGUUUGUUUGUUUAAUUACAUGUAUUGUAUUAUUUUAUUGAUUAAUUAAAAUUUAUUUUUUGAAAACAGCUCUAAAUUAUUAAUAGCUUUGGUCAGAAUAUAUAAAAAAAUAAAAAAUUGCCAUCUGUCAAUUUUUGUUAGAACAAAAGUAGAAAAAUUGCUAAUAGUUGAUGAAAUAAAUAUUUUAUAGCACCAGUACAGUAGGUAUCAGAUCUGUUUGGGCAUUUACAGUACACCAAAUGCAAAUGUGAGCAAUGUACCAUAAGAAAUAUUAUUUAAAUUUAUCUUUUAUGUUGACCUACCUGUAUACCUUAUAUUCCAGGUUGGCGGAUCAGGAAACAGUUCUUUUUAAUAAAACCUACAGAUCCGUCCAAAAAGGAUGUUAGGAACAUUCUCACCUGGGUAGUAUAAAGUAUUUUGUCUGAUAAAACUGUUUCAUCUUUUGUGAUAUCAAUUAAAAAUUAUUGUCCUGUCUCUCCCUCAUGAAUGCACUUUAUGAUAAUAAAAUGUAAAAAUAAUGUGGUGAAGCAAAAAAGAAUAAAAUGAAACAAAAAUCAUAAUUUUCAUGAACAAAAAGACAGUAAACAAUACAUUUAUUUCAUAAACAAACUUAGUUAUCAUUGACAUGAUUUAAUUAUGUCAGUUCUACGGUAGUUGCUUGUUGGAAUAACCGCACUGUACUUAUUUGUUAAAUUUUUAUACACAGACUCUUGAUUUAUUGAAUUAUGUUAAAACAUUGGUUUUUGUUCCUUACAUACAUGUAUGAAUAGACAGAUUAUGGUCCAGAUUUUAACUUGGUUCAGAAAGAUGUGGAGGCAAUAUUGAAAAUACUUACUUCUCUUCAGGUAAAAGCUGUUUAAAUGCAAAUGUUGCAGUUAAUUAAGUUACUUUAAUUCUGGGUUUAUUACAGCGACUGUAUAAUGCAUGCUGGUCAAAGGGAAAAAAGUUGAUAGUAUACUGGUAAUUAUUGUGCUAGGAGGUUUGGUACAUGGAAUUUGAACUCACUUGUAAUAAAGAGUUAAAAUUUUAUUAUUUAUUAUUAUUUUUUCUUUCUUCUUCUUUUUUUUUUAAACAAAUUAUGAUUUUAUGUUAGAAUAAAUACAAGCUGUAAUAUUAUAGUACAAAUCAGUGAUGAUAUACAUGUAAUAGAAAAAAGUAUAUAUAUAAAUUUUGCUUUUUUUGAGUGUCCAAAACUGUGGAUCCUGUAGGUUCUACAAACAUAUGACUUCUAUACAUGUAUUUUGAUCUAGAAAAGUGUUCCUUGACAAUAAAAAUUGUGCUCCUGUGAAGUACACUGUAAACUGAAAACAUUUUAUGUAAAAGGGAUCAAGACAUUCAGUAAAUAUACUGUACAGGUUAUUUAUAUCACUGUGUUGUAUGAUACUCUAUCUCAGUAUUCACUGUAGUUAUAAAAUAUUUUCAUCUUUCAGCACCCUUAUAUUAAUCCACCGUCAUUUAUAUCGUGUAAUUCAGAAGGAGUCAUUACUGUUAGGAAUUUUCUCCCAAAUGGAACAUUAAGAGAUUGUCUCUGUAAGGUUAGUUAUUGUUUCCCAAUCGUAAAUAUCCCUUUUUCGCUUAAACAGUACACUAAAAUCAGGAGAAAACAAUUAAGUUGUUACAAAGUUGAAACUUUAAAUACACAAUUCAGAUUCAGCUACACAUGUAACUUUUACAUAUUAUUGAACUGUAAUCACUUACUUGUACCUGGUAUCUACGGGGCUAUCGCUAAGGGCCCAGGGCUUGGUAAUUUUCCCCGCUACAAUUAGCAUGAAUCCUACAAUCCUCGCCACAUUAAAGUUGGGACACCCAGUGCUGUACCCAUAUUCCGACAAAAAGUUGUGCUCCUUCCAUCCCAGUGUUGAUUUUUUUGCUUCUGACAUGUCCACUUGCAAAAACCAACAUUGAUGGGGCAGAAAAUACCACUUCUGUCCCAACUAAUAUGACUAGUAUUGUAGCUAGCAGUACUCAUAGAAAACAAAAGGACAACAGAACCCAAAAGAACUUCCUAACUUCUCAAUUUUCAACCUACAUUUUUGUACAAAAUUGCAUAUAUAUACCUGACGAUUUGAAAUCUUAGUGAUAGGUCUGUUUCAAAUUUGCCAUUGAUUGAUUGACUGAUUGAUUGUUGAUUGAUUGAUUGAUUGAUUGACGGACUGAUUUAGGCAAACCCAAGAAUGAGUCAACUUAAGAAAUAUGGAAAUCCAAAGGCUAGAAGUAUUUUACAUGAGCAAAAUAUUCAGCUUUUUGGAAGGCAAAUCUUAGAGGUAAGCUAAAGUAUUAUUAACCCCUUCACUGCCAGAGUACUUGAUGGAGUUUUGUAAGGCGACUCUAACUUUUGAGUCUGCGGAUGAAAUCCUAUGAUGUGACCAUUCAAAUGAAAGCUCUCUGCCUGUACUUUCACUUGAUGCUAUUUGUUUGUCAAAAUUUUAGAAAAUGAAAUGUGGAAAUGUGGUCGAAAUUUGCCUUUGGCCACAUUUGGCAGUGAAAGGGUUAAUUAUCAUCAUCAUCAUCAUCAUCAUUUAUUUAUUUUUUUCCUUUUUUCACACUAAUUUAAAUUGUGGUUCAGUAAAUUAUUCAAUUAGUUUGAUUUGCAUUUUCCUUUUUUGGGGGGUAUGGUGUAAUUACAAAACAAAAAAGAAUAAAGUUGAAACCCAUGGUGAAAGUGAAUGACAAAAUACAGUCACUGGGCUAUGUUGCUAGCAUUGAUCUCCAUAAAUGCAAAUUUGCAAGAGAUGCUCACUAAUAAUAUUGAUACUGAGCAAUACUUUUGUAAGCCGGGACUACACGUAUAAAAGUGGAACAAAAAAUUAGUUAUUUUGUGGAUACAUGAAGAUGUCCACUUAGAGGUUAUAGGAGCUAUAAUAAUUCUAAUAAUUUAUUUGUUAUUACUUUAAAACCCUAUGAACAUAUUGAGAUCAAAGAAAACCCUGAAAUGUUAAUGGUUCACUACAAUAAUAUUAUUUAGCCUACUGCUUUGUCUAAACUGUUAAACAUAUUUUUUUGGCUUUCAAUUGCCAAAGUGGAAAUGAGUUGCAGCUUGAAAAGAACUGGGCCAUAUUUUUUUCACGUUCAAACCCUUUACUGUUUAGAGUUGAUCAUUAACCGAUCACGCUGAAGAUACUAUAGUCUUGGUUAUCAUUAUUGCAACUCAGCUUUGACCUAGAAAGUCAAACUCGUUGUGACAUGAUUAUAUCCCCUUUAAAAAUGUAGUGAUUAUAUGUUGCUCGGACCAUGAAUAAGUUUCUAUUCACUGGAAGAGAUGUCUGGAAGUUCAACUGAAUAAAAUGAGGACAUUAGAUUUCAUCCAUAGAAUUAAGUGCUAAGUUAGGCUCUUGUCUUGCACAAGCUGGUGAUUGGCUUAAUAAACAACUGUUUUGCUUCUGGUAGUACAGUGUAUGUCAAUUAGUUUAGUUUCAUUUUGGUGUCGGCCCAUGUCAAUUAUUUAAGUCGCAUUGUAAUAUUUCUGCAAUUCUAUGUAAGGACUCCAGUGUACUUCUAGUAUUUCUUCACUUUAAUAUUGUCGUCAGUGUGCAAAGAAAGUAGUGUCCAAUAGCCCGGGGCUAGUGGAUUAUGCUAUCGGGCUAGUGAAUUCUGUUCUUGACUUGCCCGACGGGCAAGUGAAGUAUUUUGAGGAAUUCAACUUACAGAACAACUGUGAAAUCAUUUCCGCUCAUCAAAAAUUUUGGGAGGCUAGUUGAAAUGACGUUUGGGCUAGUAAAUGCUAGCUUCAGCUUGCCCGAAUGGCAAGCUGUGAAAAUGACUUUCUUUGCACCCUGUAUUAUGCUUUUUAUUUUUGCAAAUUUAAUAUUCUGCUUCUUUCUCUUUCCAGGCAGUAAAGUUUUUACAUGAUAAAGGGAUUCCCUUUGGUGAGUGCUUAAAAAAUCUCCUUACUUUCUGGAGGUGUUUUGCACAUAGUUACAUGGUAUUGUAUUUCCUGGCAUUAUCCCUUAUUUACUGAAGCUGAUUUAGUGUCUGGUAAUAACAUUAUUGUUAUAAUGCAGUCAUGUAGCCUGAGGAAUCAUCCCAGUGGGUAUUUCCCGACGGCACCACUGGUUUCCCUGCAAAAUGAUGACUGAAGAAUGAGCAAAGAAUUUUUGUACUGAUGAUGCAUUACUACUCAGAUCUGGGUGGUGCUUCUGAUUGGUUGAAAUUUUUCUUCAACUUAUCAGUUCAUAAGCACUAGUACCUUGCAGAUCUGGGUUCUGAUACUUCAUCAUUAUUUAAUUUCUGUGCUUUUUCCUCAGACGUCUUUUCAUAGGGAAACCAACAGUGGUGUCGCAAAAAAUGAAUGUUGGCUGUUUUCUCAGGCUAGCAAUCAUGUGAAUAAUGAUUUAGCUGGGGACAACUGAAGCAUGGUUUUUAGCCAUGCACAGUUUGCCCUUAGCUUAUUUGAUUCAAAAUAGGGAUCAAUUUAAUAUUUCUUUUGCAAGUGUAAUUUACAGGUGGAGCUAUUGUUUUCAGACUCUAAAACAAUGGGUAUACUUGAAAAUUACAAUUGUAAAAGUUGUAUUAAUUGACCCCAGUAUAUUUAUUUAUUUUUUAUCAAUUUUUUUAAAUUUAUUUUUCUUGCAUCCCAGGUCAUUUGCACUCAGGAAAUCUUGUUAUAGAUGGAAAUGUGUGUAGGUAUGCCAGCCUGUGCAUCUCUUUGUGCCUUUCUUGUUCAUGUUAUGUUCUAACCACAGCGCACUAGAUAGUAUACACCGCAAGAUUUUUCUGUUCCUUAUAAAGCCUACCAUUUUUGAGAUUGUAACAUGAACACUACACUAUACCUUGUACAACAUCACAAUCUGUUUAGUGUUGAGAGCAUUUAAGCAUUGACACUAUAUCCUCAUGUUUUUGCUAUUUCAGAUUACUAGAAAUUGAAAGCGGUUUGUUAGGUGUUCCAUCCAUUCAUAGGCAUCGCUAUGUUCCACUGAAAAAAAUACAGGUUUGUACAGUGCUGUGCAAUUGUGUCUCUGUAGAGUAAUCACUGGUCAGACUGUGUUGUUUUGAAAUGAGUGGUAAGACUGUGGUGCUGGCACUGUGGAAGGACUUGUGUAAUAAAAUCUGAUACAAGUCUUUCACUAUUUGCCUUUCAGGAAAAGGAAGCCGAGGAUGUUUAUUGUUUUGCUCAUGUGUUAUAUGAGAUGUUUAGUGGAGAGCCAUUACGUACCAGUACACUAAAAGAUCUCCCCGCACACUGUCCAUCUCAACUCAGUAAGUAUUGUAUAUUGUAUAGGCAAAAUGGAAAUCUCAUAAAGGCUAAGGCGCACACGAGCCAAAGGCCCAAACAGCUGGAGGUUAUCCAGGUUUCUUUAGCAUGAAGCAUGCCUAGAAGUAGUGCUACUCCACCCGGGACAGGAUGCUAGUCCAUCGCAAGUUACCCCUCCAGCAGUAUGUUGUCGGUACCCAUUUAUACACCUGGGCCAAGUUGUUCAAAGCUGGGUUAAGAUAACCCAGGGUUAGUUCGAAAUUUGAACUCAGAUAUAAAAGCUUAAAAAGCAAAUUCAGUUUAAUUCUUUUUGUCAACAAUUUGAUGAUUGGCUCCUCUAAAAAGAAGAGAGAAAAUUGUCCGAGAAAAUGCUUUUGAUGAAAAGGGAAAGAGACCCGGGUUAAAUUUUAACCCUGGGUUAGCAGUAAUCGGCCUUUGAACAACUGGGCCCUGGGUGAAGAGAGACAAAGUGGAGUCAAGUAGGAAAUAACGCAGCGGGCGAGGCUUGAACUCUGGACCUCCAGAUCCGGAGUUCGAGGUGUUCACCACUUGGCCACACGCGCCUCCCAAAAUGUCACAAAGCCCUGGGAGUUUUUGUUUUGUUGUUGAUGUUUGUUUGUUUGUUUUGUUUCUGUUUUUGACAUUUUUUCCAGGAUGGAAAUUCUGCAAAAUUGGAGGUCCUCAAAACCUAGAAAUUGGAGCACUGAAUUUAAAAAAACCUGUGUAUAGAAUACUCCAAUAGCCAGUUUAGUCCUGGAAAACUCUUUCUUGGGGCUGGGAUGAGGCCAGGAAAAAAGCUGCCAAAAAUGUUGUCAUAGAAGGGUAGAAACCCUGCAAAGUUAAAUGAAAUGUUUGAGAUUAAAUAGAAGGUUGGCUGAGGCUGUGCUCUAAGAAAAUUGAAGGAAGCCCAGAGCUCUGAACCUGUAAAAGCCACAGUGUGCGGCAUAUGAUUUGUAUCAAAAAAACUAAGAUUUUCGGGUCGCCUGGGAGCAAAAGUUAGGUACCGGGGACCACCGUGAGCUGUAAAGGCACAGCUUUGCAUCAUCACCUGAAACUGGUUCAUGUAAUCAUGUCCAGCACAAAAUGAAAGGAAACUCAAAUAAUGCAAAAUACAAAGACAAGUGCAAACCCAACUUCCUUUUAAAAUGAUUCUGAACCCUCUUUAUAUAUGUAUUGUCUUCUAGGAUCUAUUUUGUUGUCGAUUCUAAGUGAUGAGGCAUGUAACAAAACAGGACUUCCUUCAGUUGCAGAUCUUCUCGCUAAUCCGUAUGUAUACUUAUUGCAUGUUUAAAGAAGUUUAGAAUACGAUGUAACAAAAUAAUUACUUAUUACAGUAUUACCAGGGAACUGACUAGUUUAUUUGGGGAUAGAUUUGUUGAAUGUGGUGCCGCGAGGGAAAAUUUUCUUUAACCAAUCAGAACACUACCUAGAACUGGGUAGUAACAUGUCAUCGGUAUGGAAUUUCUACUUUCGUUCUUCAGUCAUCAUUUCGCGGGGAAGCCAGUGGUGCCUUCACGAAGUGUCGGUUGUUUUCUCAGGCUAAUAUUCUGUUGGUCACUUCAAUGUCAAGUCAAAACCUGGAUCAAAAUUCAAUAAUUAUAAUUAUCCUUGAAUAAGAGUCACUGUGGGAGAGAAAACAUUUUAAAAAUGUCCCCAAAACAAUGUGUAUGGUGUUUAUCCCUUUGUACCGGAAUUUCAAGAAAGAGAGUGUAUGCUAUAUAUCUCGUUCCUUAAGCGGUAAUGAGACGAAACAAGGAGGAUAUAAUGGACUAAAUGUGUUAGAUAUCUUGUUCUUUAAGCGAUUGUGAGACGAAACAAGCGGGAUAAAAUAUGUGAAACAUAUAUCUCGUUCUUUAAGCGAUUAUGAGACGAAACAAUCGCGAUAAAGAUGUUAGGAUAUUAUUUAGCAUAAUACAUAAUUGGGCGACGUGACUCAGCAUUCCGGGCAACUUAACUAAAAAUUUCGGGCGACGAUGACGUUUGGGCGACUUGACCGUAAACCCACUAGGGGUUGUCACCGGAAAAAAACAACAAGUAAGGAGAGAAUCAAACAGCCAGCCGAGAGAUUUCUUUUGUUUCUUCAUGUAUUUUUGUUAUAUUUUCCUGUGGAAGUAGCCGGGAGUUGCGUUCAUGGUAGCCGGAGAAGAUUCCCAGCCACCGGCCCUUAAUAAUAGCCCCCUGGCAUUUAAUUAUUUAUUCAUUUUGUUAUGUUACUGAAUUAUCUUUAUGCUCCUCUGGCAGGUUCUUUACAGCCAUAGACCUCCCCUCUACCGACAAGCCUCAACUAAAGGUAUAAUCCUUCACAUUGACUAUAGGACUUACAAUGAGGGACAAAAGUGUUGAGACAUUUCCGUAAAAUGGCCCCUUUUUGCAUAUUAGACAUACCUAUCCCCUUCCCCUGUCUACCCCAACCCCUUCCCCCCAAAAUCAAUGUUGUAUUUUUGGACCCUCAAGUCUUAAAAAAUGUUUGAUAAAAGCACCCAUUUUAAACAAGUGUGUCAACUACUUUUGUCUGUGAUUGUAGGUCUUCUUGUCGUUGUACUCGUAUUUACAAAUAAAUCAUUUUUAUUUUUGUAUCGGAACAAGCACUCAACUCACGGGAUAUGAAAGUGAAUAGGAUUCAGAACGGUUAAUUGAUAGCUAUGGCUUAUUUAGUAUUAGCAAAUCAAAUGAAAUCAGUAUCCCCUCCCUCAUCCUCCCCAACCUCACCACACCCCUUAUCUUGCCCUACCUCUCGCGUUCAGUUUUAAGGUUAUUGGUCAAGUCACCCGAAAGUCAUCUCGCCCGAAGUUUUGUCCCCCGAAAUGCUGAGUCAUGUCGCCCGAAAUUUUAAUAAAGAGUGCAUGUGAUAUAUCUCGUCUUUAAGAGAUGAUGAGACGAAACAAGCGCGAUAGAGAUGCUAGGAUGUUGGUGAGCACCAUAAAAUUUCGGGCGACAUAACUCGACAUUUCGGGCGACUAAACGAAACAUUUUGGGGGAUAUAACUCUAGUUUUGGGCGAGAUGGGUUUCGGGCGGUUUGUCCGUAAACCAAUUUUAACAGUCGCCUACAGAUCAGUUAGCACUUGCACACACAAACACAGGGUCCAGAGGAGUUUCGUGUGAAUUUUACUUAAUGAAUGGAACUUUUUACAGAUAUGGACAGCGAAUCGUGCUAAUUAAUCGGGUUACCCUAGAAAUAUUUAGAUGACAUUUGCUAAAGAAGCGAAGAAAUCUGACCCAGAUCGACUUUUGAAAAAAUCAAUAACCGCAAGCCAUAUCCUCGCUGGCGCACGGCACGUCGCCCGAAGGGUGAUCGAAGGCCGUCGCCCGGAGGGCGACCGAGGCACGAAGUGCCGAGUAAAAGAAAGGACAAUUUGUUUCCUCCCUUUCCGUAUUUUAUACUGUAAGCCGAUCUUGCGAGCCCUCAGUCUCUUGGUUUGCGGUCUAUAGAAUGUGUAACGAAACCGUAACGCGAUCAAAAUGACCCAUUUUUUCAGAGGUUUUCGACGGGUUUUGAUGUUCUAACGACAAACACAUCUCCUCUGGACCCUGUGACACAAACAUAGAACGUGCACAUUAUACGUCUCUCCAAGCCUUAUUGUUUCUUGUUUAUCGUAGAUCCCAAGUAAAUUAAAAGAAGCUAUCAAAGCAGCCAAAGAACGUGCAGAAACGAAGCUGAAGGAAGAUCAGAAGCUUGUAAGUUGGAUCAAACUUUUAACACCUCAUGACUGAUUCUAAAUUACCAAGGUAGCUGUCCGAUCAGCCUUGCGUUAAUUUAUAGCGGAGCUCCACAGCUAAGGAAAUGUGGAAAUCUACCCAUCCGAGAAAAUUUGGUACUCACUGGACUUUUAGAAAGAAAAUACAACAACAAAGUCUUGUCUUUUUCGGCGUAUUUUUUAUGUUUACACAAAUGUGGAUAACAGAGGAAGCUAGAGCGAGUUAUUGAAAACAAAGGAGACUAAUCUCGUAAAAAGAAAAAAAUAACUCAAUCAGCAGGUAUGGCCACCCAAAUGCAACUGAAGGUUAUUUUGGCGGGAAAAUCGCAUAGCCACCCGAGCCUUGUAAAGCAGAGACAACUAAAGAGUCAAUAAAGAUGUAAACGGAAAGCGGAAUUAUUUUCUCUAUCCGUGUUGUCUAAAGUAUUAAGCUUAGAUAAAUUGUCAUGUCCACAAAUUUGGAAUAUAGAGCAAGGGAAAGUCAGAGAAAAAGAGAAAGGAGGCGGCAGGCCAGCGAAGCUUAACGAGAAAAAAAAGGGCGACAGAGAUCUUGAGCGAGAGAUAAAAACAAAGGAGACAUUUUUCUGUUGGAAGAACAACAUGAAAUUUUGUAGCGGCGGUGACAAAAUGAGGAAUGCUAGCGGCCACCAAUGCAAGGUGAAAAUGAGCGGCAGUGAAAAAAAAGUGAACGAGAACACGUAUGACAUUUCCUCCCAAAAACGUGUAAAUAAGAAGUUUCUGGAAGUUUCACGUUGUAGUCGUGCAAAACAACGGCAAAGAAAUGUACAAAAAAAAGUGUGCUGCUCGUGCAAAGUUGCUUUUUUGCUAAUUAGACCUGUUGUUGUUUUUUUACUGUUCUCCGACGUUGCCUUUCCCGCUUAGCAUUACACGAUUUUAUAUUUUGUUUGAACAAACUAUAAAUGUUACCGAGAGCUUUGCUUUUAUCCCUGGCUAAAUCUAUAUAUUAUAUAUUGCUGAUCGUGAUCUACACCAAGAUCCAUUUGACAUUCAAAUAAACACAUGUUCUUUAAACCUCCUAGCUACUUUGCCACAAGACCUAUGCCACUAUCACGUAAAUUAUUCUUUAAAAAGUAGCCGUUUGAGUUCAUCUGAUGGAGUACUUCUACCUCACUUUUGACUGUUUUUAUUUUCAUCAGUUACGGCAGUUUCGUAGAGCAUCUAAAGCGCAUGCUCAUCACAUGUCGGAAGAGGAAAAGAAAAAAAGAAAGAAGUCUCUAAAGAAGGUAACAGCUAGACCCUAUCAGUGCCGGAUCCAGACCUUGAUAUAAGGGGGUGGGGGACGGUCAUCCAGACCCUGAGAUAAAGGGGGGUCCGGUCUCCAAUUUUUUUUGUUGGCCCUUGGGGCCUCAGUUUGGUCUAAAAAUAGGUGGGCGGGGCGAGGGCGGGGGCAGGCCCCUUCCCUGGAUCCGCCACUGCUAUCUCUCCCUCAGAUUCUUACUUGUUACUAGCAUCGCCGGGGCCUUCCUUAGGGACCCGAGGAGAAAGGAGAUUUUAUUUUUCUCUCCUUUUCGCUUCUCUGUUCCCCAUUCCCUCCAUAAACGCCUACUCAGGUUGACUUGCUUCCUGUUUGUUCCAGAAGGAAGUAGACCUCCUGAGUAGACUCAGUUGGAGCACUUUCUUCCUUUUUCCAUUCUUUUUUCUUUCUUCCUUUCAUUCCCUUCUCAUUUUUUACCCUGAUUUUAAAGUGUCGUUCUUCAAUAUUUUCCUUUUUUAUUCCUUAUAGUUACAGAAGGAAUCUUCGAUAUCAGAUGCGUCACAGGCGGCAGGUGAGAAAACUAUAAAACACGAUAUGCACGCUUGAGUUUCUCAGGAAAUAUGUGUAGUCACAGGGCUUUCGCUUUGCUUAUAAGUAUAACCUGUCUUUACCCUCGGCAGUUUAUAAAGCAAAAGUAAGAAAACACAAAUAGGACCAUGCAAAUAAGUCAACCGAGUACAGUUUAAAUAUAUAUAACAAGGUAGAGAAAUCCAGGCGGUUGAAGCCAAGCCAGUGGGCUGUUCACGGACUUGGACGAGGAGUUGAAUUCGGAACCAGAAUCGAGAAACAGCUUUGAGUCUGUUUUUGUUUGAUAAUUUAUAAAUUGUUAAAGAUUCUCGCGGAGACUUAUCUCGCAUGCCUCUUUUUUAGCAAGCGUUCUUUUCACUCUUGCUUCUGCGCUCGCCCGCUUGGCAGUCCCCGUGGCUGGCAGUCUCAAAUCAACGCAAACACGGAAAUCCUUUAGUUAUUGAUUUUAACUGUUUUAAUGUGUCACAUUUUUGUAGCUCGUCCAUCUUCCCCUCCACCUUCCCGGCCAGCAACUAAUGGUAAGUGGGCUUCUUCCCGUCGAUUCUGUGUAAGUAACGCUUUUUACCUGGGCUUCCUGUGUCCAGCCUUCAUUUUUGGCCAUAAAACCUUACUACUUGGGACUCUAAUGCGCCUGCGCACAUUUCUGCGGAAAUUGAUUUGAGCACCGGCUCAUUCGCCACUUGCACAUUUCGGGUAUCUUGUUUGCUCCACAAAAUUUUCAAUAAGCAUUGUUUUGAAUUUCUCUUGACUAUAACACCCAGGGGAAAUUGGAAACAAUGGCUAUGCAAAAUUUUACGGGACAAACAGUGCAUUAUGAUCUAUAUGAAAAUGGUGAAAGGACAAUAGUCAUAAUGGGUUGGUCUCUGUCAGUGAACGUUCACACAAUAUGUUUGUGUGUGUUUGUCUAAUUUCACUUUGAUAAACUGAUUUAAUCAAAUCCUGUUCACGAUGUUUGUUGGGUGUGUGUUAAGCCUUAGUCACGCCAGUCAAUGAAAAAACCAAAUCUUCGCGCGAUGCGCCUGUUUAUUUAAGGAAGAACCAAGAGAAAAGUAACAAUGAAAAAUGUCAGACAGAAAGUCCUUUAUGUGCUUGUCCAGAAAAUACUUUCUGGCAAGGAAUUAACACAUUUUGCCCUUCUCAUUUUUCAGCGUCGGUGCCACUCCCUCCCCAGGCCCCAGCUCAGCCUCCCCCUCCUCCCUCUCCGUCUAAGGCGCCUGCGCAGAAAACGUCUAUGCGGCCUAAAACAUCAGAACGAGGUGCGUUGUUGAGCUCUAUCUGCGAUUUUAAAAAGGGUGGAUUGAAGAAAACUGAAACCAAUGACAAAAGUAAACCGAGGAUAUGAGAUGCUGAUUAAGAAACAAGACAAUGUAAUGAUGUACUCCUAUCAAGGUCAAUCAUCAUCUUAAUCGCCAGUUUAGGUCGGAACACACUAGGCGACAAUUUGCAAUAACAUGUCGCGGCGACACGUGUGUACUGGACGAUUUUUGCGAAAAUCUUUGUCACCGCAACAUGUCGCCAAAAAAUCAGAUCAGACAAAAUUGCGGCGACAAAAUUCUGUUGCAGAGAAAAUUUUUCACCAAAAAAUAUCCUGUACACACGAAGCCAUUUUUCCCUGCGAUGCGUCGCAGGGACAACUUGUUGCUGCAACUACUCGCACGACCUGCACACAAGGAGUGAUCCUGUCUCCACGACGUGUUGCUGCAACUCAUCGC